AUGGGUUUUUUAUACAAUCUCCUCCUCAUUUUUGUUGGGGUGAUCUUGUACCAUGUCUUCAAACGGAACCCUCGACCAAUCUUUGGUGUCUACCAGAGGCCAGGGAAGUGGUUCUAUGUGAAAGUCCUUCUCUUCCGUUUCCUCCUAUGGCUACGAAAGAACCGUAACAAGAAGGAAUGUGGAGAUGCUGUUGGCUAUGGAGUGAAGUCUAAAUCCAGUCCAGAGCUGAUGGAUUGCCUACAACCACUCUCUAAUCACCCCAAGGCCAUCGAUGCCGUGUAUUUCAGCUCGGCCAAUGAAGAGGGCUACUAUAUGGUGGGAGCUGCAGCUAGGCGUCCAAAGGGUGUCAUCAAUGGAUUUCUCUAUCUCAGGAUUCCAGGCUUGGGGCUGCUGGAGAGCCCAAAACUUCCUGAUACAACCCUGCACAUCAACACAGAGGCAGGGGAUGAGAAAGACCAAUAUGGUGCUGAGGGACUUCUUUUCACUUCCAUUGAACCUAUGAAGCGCUGGGGAAUCCGUUAUCAAGGACCCAUGAAGCUUGGUGGGAAGGAAGUGGAGGUGGACUUGAAGGGAGAGUGGAGCAGCAAGCUGACUUAUUUUGACUUUGACACAGACAUGAGUCCCGGGGCAUUGUCUCGGUCCAUGGCCAGGGAACCUUGGUCUCGGGAAUACUUCCAACGACUUAAAGAGGCACACCAAACCCACUAUGAACAAAUAGGACGAAUUGAGGGGACUGUUCUUGUCAGUGGCAAGGAGUACACAUUGCAUCUGGACUCAAUGAGGGAUCAUAGUUAUGCUGAGAAACGGGAGUGGUCCUAUUUGCAUCGCUAUGGCUUUCACACAUUUUAUCUUGAAGAUGGGACAAAGGGCAACGUGGGGAUUGUCUCUCAACCUGUCACCUGUUCUGUACUGGAGUUGGGCUAUAUUUACACCCGUGAAGGAAAGUUGGUACCGGUGGAUUCUGUCGACUUACCUCUAUGGCAACAUGGAGAAGGUGGGACUCCUCCUAAUGAUUACGCCUUCAUCUUCUUUGCAGGAGGGAUGAGGUAUGAGAUGCAAGUGAAGGUGAUCGAAGCCCCAGAAUUCUUCAUUGCGGCAGAGAGGGAAGCUCGAGUUGUGGAACGCAUGGCCACGUUCACCUGCAAUGGUCUCCAGGGGUGGGGGGUAGCAGAGUGGGAAUAUCGCAACAAGUCCAAAAAGGACCUGGUGUAAGACUGGAGAAGAGCUAGUGCCGUGCAUUGUGCUUAUAGUAUCAAAUUAGUGGGAGAAGCAAAUCCUGUGAUUUGACACCAUGAAAGCAAAGUGACAUUUUUUAUGGUCUCUUCUGCAGAGAACAGGUAUUUGUCACUUUCUCUGCUUUCUGUAAAUUUCAGUGCUGCAUGUAUUGAAUUUGUGGUGUUCAUCCAAUCCCAGAAAGUAUCAAUUUUAUCCAGAGAGCAGAUAUAAGGUUUCAUUCCUCGUUCUUAAGCAUAUGUCCCCUCCCCAAACAGGUUUGAGAUAGGUACAAGGUAGGGCCCUUUUCAUAGCAUAUAAGAAUUGGACAGUAUGAUCCCAUUAAGGGCUCACAGUAUCUGAUCCUUUCUGGGACUGGACAAAGUAUUCAUCCUUGGCUGGUCUCCAAUAACUUCCACCUUCAAAGUGACUGAAAAUUGCAUUUAUUGCAAAGUACAGGGAUAUUUUUUUCUGGAAAAAGAGGACUAAAAUAAGGGUAGGAUGGAAAGAGUAUGCAUGACUUUUGUCACUCAGGGAAAGAGAUGCAUCACCAUUGGUCAUCCAGCAUAUAUAAACCCACUUGGGUACAGAAUAAAAAAAAAGUUGCU